AUGACGUCAUCAUCGCACCAGAGCAACGGGCACCAGGCUUUCCGUGGUCGGAUUGGUUUGGAGAGCAAAGGAUCAUGGGCUGAUGGAUGGUGUGCGUCACAGAGCGACUCAGAUCCCUACAUACAAAUCUUCUUCGGUAUGUAUUUUGACGUAAGCCAGAAUAAACUGAACCGAAUGCAGCAGGUUUGAGGUCGAAGCUUUUUGCCUAGAGUAAAAAGUCAGUUAAUUUUGCCUUCUUCUGUCCUUUUAGUCGAGCGAUAUCAUCUCGCAAAAAUAGCAGUCUAAAAUGAUAAGCUUGACAUUACACAAUAUUUCCCUAAGAAGGGAUACAAGACUGCGUCGAAUUCAUUACUUGUAUCCAGAAUUCCUGACGUGUACCCAAACUUAACAAAGAGUCGUUAGAUUCUUUUCAAUUUCACAACAAUGGUCUAUUGUUUGUCAAUUCCUGUUUGUUCCUCAGAACAUUUGACAUAUUUUACGAUCAUUGAGUCGGAAGGAGUCGUUAUUGAUGGUGAAAAGAUUUUUGUUAAAGCCUUUGAAGUCUCAAACAGCAAUGACUCUAAGGAUUGGACGUUUUACUCUGAGGGAGGCGUAAAAAAGCAGGUAAUACCCAUUAAAUCGGUUAAGAGACAACAGAAUUCGAGACCAUUAAGUUAGGUAUGCAUGCAUGCAUGCACUCAUUCAUUUCAUCAUACAUACCAGUAUGCUGUCAUCCAUUUCAUCAUGGAUCAUGCAUUGAAAUAUGCAUUCACACAGACAUUAUUCAUUCAUUAAUUCGGCAACAAUUCACUUAUUUCUCAUUUAUUUCUUUGUUUAUUUUUUGGAGGGUGGGGGGUUGUCUCUCUGUUUGUUCUCGAUUUUGGGGAUUUUUCUUUUAUUUCAAAACAUUAUAGGAAUCUAAACACCAAUUUUCUAAAGUUAAAAACAAUUAUUUUCAUCGAUAACAGUACUGUUUCAUAAUUUUCAUCAACCCCAGCACACACGGUCUAAUUUUUCUUUAAAAAUAUGAAUCAUUUUUUAACAUGAACUUAUAUGGAAUUAUCUGUACAAAGUUUUCAGCUAAUGACGACGUAAAAGCAAAGAAUACGACGUUGAAAGACACGUGGGCUCAUUAUAUUCGUAUUUAUCCAAAGAGCCGCACGGGAAAAUGGAUGUGUAUGCGUAUUGCUUUGUAUGGAUGUCCAUCAGGUGAGAUGAAACUUCGGUUAAACUGAGAAUUUAUUUCCUUUAGCAUUCAAAUAGAGACUAACUGGCUAGCUUACAGUUUACACUAAUAAAGGGGGUAAAUUUCUAAAGAAAAGUUUCUAAAUUUUCUAAACACAAUGUGUCGCUGCGAUAGUGGGAGAGCAUGACAAAGGACUGACGCUCAAAGCGUCAGCUUCGAAACUCUUUUUGGUGGCUAAUUUACGUUAUCAACUAAGCUGAUAAUGUUAAAUAACCCUGUUGCAGUUUACACAAACUUGAAUCCAGGAAUUGGGACGAGGGAGGGGGUCCAAAUUUAUAUCCAGACGACACAAAGCCUAGAUAGGCUACGAAAUAAUUCAAGAAAAGUAAAUUCUAAAUGCUUCAAGUUGAGUUGUAUUAUGUGAUCCUGACGCUUUUGGUGUCAGACAAGUCGACAAGAUAACAACAGGUCUAAUGGGUAGACGGAGUGGGUUCCGAGACCCGUAGACCUACCCCCUGGAUUUGCGGUUGUGGCCAAAUCAAAGUGAUUUCCGUUCAGGUUGUCAAAACGUUAUUCAUUUUCACCGUAAACAGACCUUUUCAGGACUACUUUGCACACGAAUGAUAACGAGAGAAUAUUUAAAAAAUUUUUGAAAUACUUGUUUCGAUAAUUUCUCUGUAAUCCUCCGCUAAAAUCACUUUGUUUAUUGUGUUAGUUUAAACUUAAGAUGUUAAAGGAGGUGUAUAAAAAAUAAAUAAUGUCGGUCGCGUUCCUUGAAAUUACUGUUUUGUUCUCUGGCUUUUCUACUGCUGGGCAAAAUAAGAAACGUGUAAGCUGUUGUAGGUUAUAAACCUAUUGGAUUCAUGUUUAUUGUGUAAUUAUCUGUAGCAGGCAGUGUAAUGUCUCUAACGUUAUGUAUCAUUAGAGUCAUUCUUUUUGUCUUUGAGAAAGAUGGUCCUAGAAAGUUCCUUGAUUCUGAUCUCAUUAGCAAUGGAGCACUUGCGAAGAAGCCUUUAAAAGAAACUCUCUUUUUAGGUAGGAACUACUGAAAAGGAGGCAUGAUAUAGUAAUUCAGUGUUAUCUUAUCGUUAUCGUUGCUUCCGAAAUGUACUUUAAAUGUAAACACUUUAUUUUGUACUUUUCAGUAAUUCCAAUUGUAUUGUUUGGUUGUGUGAUCAUUGCUGGUCUGUUAUGCUUCUGCUGUCGGCACAGGUGGGUAACACGAGGAGUAGACAUAACGGGGCUCCUAAGAUAAAAUUUCGGGACUGAAACAACAUGGAAGGGAGGGUAUCUGAGAAAUUGCACACCCUCCCCUCCGUUAACCCAACAUUGGCCCUAACUUGUUAUCAGUUUACUUUUAUUGGGUUAGGGGCGGGGGAGGUGCGCAAUUGCUCUGAUAAUAACGCUGAUCCACAGUUUAUCACAAAGAAAUAUGUUACACAUACGAACGUGGGAUCCAAAAAAAAGAUGAGGAUUCCAGCCCCAGCCGGUUUUAAUUUCAUCUUCCCAUACUCUAACACUGGGCUACUGUGCAUUUGUUGGAGAAACAACCCAUCUAAAGGGUUCGGAAGUAUUUGGUUGAUUUAAAUUUAGAAAGAGGUGGUUUUGUGUCAGAAAUUUAUGAUGAAAUUAUGUUUAGUUAGAAGUGUAUAUGUUAGAAGUAUAUGUUAGUGUUGAUAUGACGUAUAGUAUACAGAAUGCAAAUGAGAAGGUGGAGCAGUGUAAAAAUGAUGAUGUGACAGAUGUUGAUGUUUGAUCGCGUUAUAAGUUGCAUUGUUAAUGGUUGUAAUUGAGUGUCCUUUAACAUUGCUGAGAGUUGCGAGAACAAACGUAUUUCUUGCUUCUAUGUCUACCCCGUCACAUUUCUAUCGAUUGGCUAACCUUGACAUUUCUGUAAAUCUCUCCACGAAACGUUAAACGAGAGUUAUUUGUAUCUCAGACCUAAGAGAGCACGUCGAAUAAGAGAGAAGAGAGAAAAGAAAGAGAAAGAAGCACAGCAUCAAACAGAGGUCAAACUUGGAAUUGAUAAUGGGAUAGUCUAUGAGCAACCACCUCCCUAUGAAUUUCAAACUGUCUCCCUUGACUUUAAUAACGACAUAGAAGAUGGUGGGAUUCCGAACGAUAACUCCGCCCAGCUGGAGAAGCCUGUUUUUACUGACGAUAACAAGGUAAUCAGAACAUUAACUUCGCAGCAAUUUUCUCGGAAAUCCUCUCGUCUGAAUAGAAUUAUCACAAGAGCAAUGAAAACAAAAAUUACAUUACUCGAAGGUGGCCGUUUAAAACUUAAAAUACGCCGCGACGUCUGGAACUAGAAAAAUUUUAUAAGGGGUAUGGGUAUGGCGGAGAGACUCUGAUAUUCCCGAAAGAUGUAAUCGCAUUUUUGCAUCAACUGACAAUUUUAUAAGUUUUUUCUGUUCCUUUAUUGAUUAAAUUUGGAAGUAUUCUGGCUGGUGAUUUAACCUAAGAAAGGAGACACUCCCGCAAACCUUAAUAAUAUACAUGCGUUCUCCAAGAAUAUCAUUAGUAACCAUUUUUUUAAUUUGCCAUCUUUCAGUUCUUCUCUUUUGAACGGAACGCUAUUGAUUAUUCUUAAGCUGAAACUACAGUGGGAUUCAACAUGCACUGAAGACGAGCAAGAGUAUUUCUUUUGCUGUGAUGAUUCUGCCAACAUAAUUUUAGAGUGGACACUAUUUCAGGUUAUUGUCUCAGCCUUGAUUUCAUCAUGGCCUGAUCGAUUUUCUAUGGCCAAAUUAAAAUGUACAAUAAAGACUUUGUGAUAAUUUGAUAAACUGAUGAACUUUUUACUUUUGGAAAUAAACUAAUGGCUUUGAAAGACAUUACAAAAUAUAAUAUUCGAACUCCGUAUAAGUUGAAAGGAGAGUUUUGGGUUGAUAUUAUGUCGUCCGAAAUAUUUUAAAUUUGACGUCAAUUGAGGAAAAUGUGCCAUUUUGUUUUUUGUUGAAGAAAUGAAUGUGGAAGUGAUCUUCGCAGUAAUGAACACUACUUAAACAGCGCUCUACCAACUGAGCUAACAAUCUGGAACUAGCAUAGUGACCAGCUCCUAAUUGGCUUGUUAGCUCAGUUGGUAGACUGUGCACCGGUAUCGCAGAGGUCAUGGGUUUAAAUCCCGCGCAGGCUUUGAUUCUUUUUUUCAGGCCUUAUUUUUACUACUGCUUAAGUAGUGUUCAUUACUACAAAAGAUCCCUUCCAUAUUUAUUUUUUGGUUUUUGUGUGUGUGAAAUUCAUUCUCGUGAUAUUCUCAAUCUGAAAACGAAAGGCCGAGGGCAUUAAUGACGGGGAAUAUCCCUAUUAAUUUUUAAUUGCUCUGUGAGCUGUGAGAAUAGAAGGUUUCUGAAUCAGUUUUGGUAAAUCACUCAUCGUGCGUUUCUGAAAAAAGGGUCAAAAUCAGUCAAGGGAGAGCGUGACGUUUUCUUUUCCUGAUGAACUCAAUGAAAUCGAAAGGAGGGGGAAACCCAGAAAAAAUUACACCAUUUAUACUAAUAUAUGCAAAUUUUCCGCAGAAAGAGAGCCAGCUGUUUCAUUAUUUCUGGAAAGAGCUUCAGCUCUUCCGGGAAAGUCCCUUUCAGUUUAUUUACACUCGAAUGACAUUAUCGCAAAGUGAAAUACUUUUGUUGCAGAAAUCUGAAUAUAUCGAUCAAAAUAUUAAGCUAUCAGUAAAAGUGAGUUGGUUACUCAUAUAUCCAGUGUAACUCCAUCUCGUCCCUGCAAGUUGAAUUCAACGUCUAUCUAUCUGUGCACGCAGACAUCCUCAACGUUGGGAAAAUCCCUUCAUUUAAUUUUCACACCUGCGUUACUUAUUACCAACUUGAUGAGUAAGCAUAUUUCGCUUGCGAAGGCUUUCAAGUUCAAGAUAUGGCGUCGGGUUCGAUGUUCUUAGGCCGUUUUGUGUUCUUUCUUCUCCUACUCAGCCAAGGCGGAUUUUUAGUUGCUUAUUCCGUCGAUUAUGACGAAGUUGCAUACUGGGUACCAAUAGUACAAGGUGCUUUAUUUGCUAUAGCAGCGCUCGUGUGGCUGGCUCUCAUCUGUACGAAGCCGAAACUUCGCUGGUUGUUUUAUGUCUGGCUUUCAUACGUUAUUACCCUCGUGGUAAACAUUUGGAUCAUAUUUGGAACUAUCGGAGACAAACUUGACAGCGAAAAAUGGCUCGGUCCUAAUGUCCUGAAGGGAGUUCUGUGUGUCACACCUCCUCUGUUGCUGUUAUUGUUACACAAUGCCGACGAUUUAGAUCGCUCUACUGCGCGCAAACAUCUAGUGUCUAAGCUUUCCUUCCAAAUGGUCGUCAAUCUCUUCGAUGUUGUGGAUAUGUAG